UCAAUGACAAAGUACUUCAAUAAUUUAUUUUCGAAAAUUAAAAUCGAUUUUAAUUUCUUUAAAAAAUGUCAGGACGCGAUGUAUUACAGAUUUUUCCCUCUCGAGCUAACUUCGUGUUGAUGAAGCAACGCAUUGCUGGUGCCACAACCGGUCUCAGUUUGCUGAAACGAAAACGAGAUGCCCUCGAACUUCAUUUACGACAAAUUCUGAGUGAAUUAAAACGAAAUCAAGAUCAGGUGCAGGAUAUCAUGCAGGAAGCUCACUUUGCAAUGGCUAAGGCAAAAUUCCUAGGAACGGACUUUAAACCCGCCACUGUGGAACAGCCUGAGGCAGCCAAUGCAUUUUUGCAUUUGAUUAGCAAUAAAAUUGUUGGCAUGAAUGUGCCAUCAUUUGAAUUGGUGUUGAUGCCCUACAACUCGUUGCCAUUGACGGGCCUGGCCAAUGGAGGGCAGCAGGUCGAGGUGGUGAGAAAAAAAUUCCAAAAGGCUUUACAAAUUCUAGUUGCUUUGGCCUCCCUGGAAUAUAAUGCCAAGAUAAUCGGAGAGGCGGUAAAACUGAAUAAUAGGCGUGUCAAUGGUUUGGAAUUUGUGGUUUUGCCCCGCUAUCAAAAUACCUUGAACUAUAUACGCGAUGAACUCGAUGAAUUUGAGCGCGAAGAUUUUUAUCGCCUCAAACGUUCGCAGGCCAAGCAGAAUAAGAAAAAAUCCCAAUUCGCUGCGGAAAUGAGUAAGCGGAGCGAAAGCAAAACUGAAUUGGCUCCCGUGGAUAUUGACUUGGCAGACUGGACCGCCGAUCAACCGGAUAUAAAACAAAUGGGCCUGAAGGUGGAUCCCACGGUGCCAGUGACCCGAAAAACCUUUGUCAGUUUGAGGGGCAACACCGUCGUUCUUAUGCCGGAAGAGAACAUGAAACCUGUCAUCAUUAAGGGGCGACGCCAGAAAUCACCCUCCACCUCCAAGAGUGCCGACAAAAUAUCCAAAAGCAAAAAUGUUGUCACUGCCUCACCCUCUUCAUCGGAAACUUCCAUGUCAUAGUCCAUAGUCCGCCCCAGUGUAUGUUGUUUAAUUUACCUUUUCAUGAUACGGCACAAAUUUGUUGUGCGUUUUUACGCUCGAUGGCCAUGAUUGUGCGAACCGAUUAAAAAAACUCAAUUCAAGUUAAAACUCAUUGCCAGUUGCGUUAAUUCUCAUCAUGGUUGGAAAAGCGAAAAAGAAAAUGAAAUGGAAAUGGACAUGUUGGCGAAUUAAGUAAAAACCCGGUUGUUAUUUUCGAAACUGUUGUUGUUGUUGUUGUUCAUAAAAUGCCAUUGCGAGCUCACAAUCAGAUCAAAUGAAUGCCAAAAAAAAAAAAAAUUAAAUGCUGAAACU